AUGUCUGAGGGACAAUUCUACAAGGAGCCUGAGUUCGAGACACUCCAGCUGCACGCUGGCCAGGUUCCCGAUCCGACAACCAAUGCGAGGGCUGUGCCGAUCUAUGCUUCGUCAAGCUUCGUUUUCAACGACUCGCAGCAUGGAGGGGAUCUUUUUGGCUUGCGUGCUCUGGGUAACAUUUACUCAAGGGUUGGAAACCCAACUCAGGAUGUGUUUGAGAAACGCAUGGCUGCAUUGGAGGGUGGUGUUGCUGCCGUGGCCGCGAGCAGUGGCCAAUCCGCUCAAUUCAUGACUAUCGCAACGAUUGCUAGUGCUGGAGAUAACAUUGUUUCAACGUAAGCCACAAUCUCAUUCGAGUGGGUAUAUUAAUAUCAAAUUACGUUUUCUCUCUGAACCUCUCGAGAAUGUCUGAGGGCUUGUGUGCACGCCGGAGGAGACGCAAUGGAAUAGCGUGGCGACAGUCCCGGCAAAUGCCAGAACCUCUGGAAUUGAAGACGAGCCGGGUAAUUUACAAGGAUGGAGAUUGGGGAAGGAGGAGGGCAACGCGAAAAAACAAGGACGAGGAAGAACAAGGAGGAGAAGAACGGAGGUUACAAAAACAAGGGAACAACCGAAAAUAAAG